AGCAAGCUGUGCGACGCGCCGGGCCUCAUCCCCUUUGUGCCAUCCGGGUCUCUCGCGCGAGCGAUUAGUCUGUGGCGAAGCGUCGGGGUGGCCGGUACUGUUGAGAGCGGCAAGUGGAGGCGCCGCCUUAGCGGCCAGGACUCUGGACUAUGGCGGCUAGCGAUACAGAGCGAGAUGGACUAGCCCCAGAAAAGACAUCCCCAGAUAGAGAUAAGAAAAAAGAGCAGUCAGACGUAUCUAUUUCUCCUAGAGCCUCAAAACAUCAUUAUUCAAGAUCACGAUCAAGGUCAAGAGAAAGAAAACGAAAGUCAGAUAAUGAAGGAAGAAAACACAGGAGCCGGAGCAGAAGCAAAGAGGCAAGAAGACAUGAAUCCAAAGAUAAAUCAUCUAAGAAACACAAGUCUGAGGAACAUAAUGACAAAGAACAUUCUUCUGAUAAAGGAAGAGAACGACUAAAUUCAUCUGAAAACGGCGAGGACAGACAUAAACGCAAAGAAAGAAAGUCAUCAAGAGGCAGAAGUCACUCAAGAUCUAGGUCUCGUGAAAGGCGUCAUCGUAGUAGAAGCAGAGAGCGGAAGAAGUCUAGAUCCAGGAGUAGGGAGCGGAAGAAGUCAAGGUCCAGAAGCAGAGAGAGGAAGAAGUCACGAUCCAGAAGCAGGGAAAGAAAACGUCGGAUCCGAUCUCGUUCCCGCUCAAGAUCAAGACACAGGCAUAGAAGUAGAAGCAGAAGUCGAACAAGGAGUAGGAGUCGAGAUAGAAAGAAGAGAAUUGAAAAACCUAGAAGAUUUAGCAGAAGUUUAAGCCGAACUCCUAGUCCACCUCCCUUCAGAGGCAGAAACACAGCAAUGGAUGCACAAGAAGCUUUAGCUAGAAGGUUGGAAAGAGCAAAGAAAUUACAAGAACAACGAGAAAAGGAAAUGGUCGAAAAACAAAAACAACAAGAAAUAGCUGCAGCAGCUGCAGCCACCGGAGGUUCUGUUCUCAAUGUCGCUGCCUUGUUGGCAUCAGGAACGCAAGUAACUCCUCAAAUAGCUAUGGCAGCUCAAAUGGCUGCCCUGCAGGCUAAAGCUUUGGCAGAGACCGGAAUAGCUGUACCUAGCUAUUAUAACCCAGCAGCUGUGAAUCCAAUGAAAUUUGCUGAACAAGAGAAAAAAAGGAAAAUGCUUUGGCAAGGCAAGAAAGAAGGGGACAAAUCCCAGUCUGCUGAAAUAUGGGAAAAACUGAAUUUUGGAAACAAGGACCAAAAUGUCAAAUUCAGGAAAUUAAUGGGUAUUAAGAGUGAAGAUGAAGCUGGAUGUAGCUCAGUUGAUGAAGAAAGUUACAAGACUUUGAAGCAACAGGAAGAAGUAUUUAGAAAUCUAGAUGCUCAGUAUGAAAUGGCAAGAUCACAAACCCACACACAAAGAGGAAUGGGAUUGGGUUUCACGUCAUCAAUGCGAGGAAUGGAUGCAGUUUGAAAAAGAUCAGACUUAAUAUUUGGGACUUUAUGGACUUCUGAUUCUGAUGUCAGGUCCUUGUUCACCAAACAGCUAGCAUUCUAGCUUGCAUGGGUGUUGCAUUGACUUUAAUUUAUUGAAAAAUACGAUUUUUUGUAAAUAUCAGAUCAGUGAUACUGGUGUUAGUGUUGUAAUCAGGUUAAACACACUUCCAUUAAACUUGACAGGACUAUAGAAGGACAAUAUUUUUUAGUUCAUGAAUUCUACUUUUCAAAUAUAUAAAAGCUGCAGGUGGGAUAAAAUCUCAUACAUGGAUAUUUCGUGUCCGCUGUCUUGUGUACUUUUGUACUUAACCUUGUACAGUUAUUUUCAUCUCUUGAAACAUGAAAGAAAUGUUAUGUAGAUGUUCUUUAGAAGAUCUGGCCAUUUGGUACAUAUUCCAGCACAAAACGCUGGGUGGUGAUGACAAUAAAAAUGGUUUUCUCAACA